CAUGUUGAUUUUGAACAUUGUUGUGGAGUGUUGAUUGGAAGCCUGUACUUCGCUACGUCAAAUAAAUUGUGAAAAAUACGAUGUAAUUAAACGAUUACCAUUCUAAAUUAAAAGCCAAUACGAACGAUACCGAAACGAGUAAUACAAUUAUUUACGAAAUACAUUGAUAUAAAAUAAACAGUUACAAUGGUGUACACAUCAGUAACUAAACUCUGUAUUAAAGAUCUAAUACCAGGAUCAACAAAAACAAGCGGUAAAAAGAUUGAUAUAGAUGCGAUUUUACCAUAUUUUAUUGUACCUGGAUUAUUGUUAAUAGCUACUAUAUCACGAACAGUCACCAUUGCAGUUAUGGUAGUGAUUGCCAUGGGUGCUUUAUACGUACAGACCAGACCGCGACAGAAAAACAGGUCCUCAUUUUUCUUUUCAUGGACAUUUUCAUCUGGAGUUUGUAUGUUUCUGAUAUUUGAGAACGGUAUUUUGGGUUUCUUUGAAAUAACAAUGAUAGAAAAUUCCGUUUUCCUAUUACUUUUGUCUUGCACUUUAUAUUUUUUCUACAAAAUGAAAACAAUAGCUGAAAAUGAACUGACUGGAAGUGGGACCAAAGGAAAGGAAUACAGCCCAGUUUUGACUUCAGAUUCGCAUUAUUGUCAAAUAUGUCAAAUUGAGGUCAAUGAAAGAUAUUUCCAUUCAAUAUGGUGGGACUGCUGUAUACUGAGACCUAACUAUAUUCACUUCCUUGCUGGUCAUACAUUUGCUUUUGCCACACUCCUGCUUGGAACCAACUUGGGUCUAACAACUGUAUGUCAGCCCUUCAUACUUUAUGCUGCCAUUCUCAUGCCUCUUGAUUGUGAAGAUAUUUACUAUGACUUCAACAUGUCGAUAUGCUUCGUUGCCUGUAUCUAUGCAUUAGGAUAUGCAUUAGUCAUUGCCAUGGUUUUAAUCCGACAACUGAUAGUCUACCUACCAAAAUACAGCGAACCGCAGUGGAAAAAACUAGUCAAUGUGCUCAAUGUAUAAAGGAAACCAUGGACUUUUUAAGCUAUACUUAUUUUGUAUCAUUUAGUCAUUUAAAUGCGCUUUAAUUUCAGUUCUAUGCGUUCGUUAUAAGAUUGAUUGUGAAUUAAUUCUGUAAAUUGAAUUCAUUUUUUUGUAGUUAUAAAAUUAAGACCUUAGACUUUAAACAUAUUGUUUCCUCAGGAAAUCCCAAAGGUGAUUUCCUAAAUUAAGUUAAUAUACCUAUUAAAUAAAUAAUACAACAUAAUUAUCGUAGGUAACCGAUUAUUUUAUGUUGUAAUUAUUUCAACGGGUAGAUAAUAUAUGUAUUUUGUUUAUAAAUCUUUUUAUAUAUGCAGAUACUGCUGUAAGUAGGUACAUUUUAAUCCAAUAAUUGUUGGUAAGAUUCACUCAUUAAUUUCCGUUCUGCUCCUAGGUGAACAGGACAGAAAUUAGAGUGAUAAACAUAUUGUGUUAUUACUUUAACAGUAUUUUUUGUAUUAUUGUACAUAAUGCCUAUAUUAUAUUUUUAAAUCCAAAUCCUUCACUGUGAGUCAAAUAUAUUCAUAAUGGCGCAGAAUCGUGCUCUAAUGUGUCUUGUUUUUGCAAGGAACAGUUGCAAUACUUUGCAGGGUUAAAGAUUUACUUUGCUGUGACGUUUGAGACUCUGCGUUAUUAUGAAUGGACCCCAAAUGGUAAUAUCAUUUCCAAGAGGUGUUACUUUAAUGAUCACAUUGUAUUUCGCACAAACAUUCCACACAUUUUUUCCUACAGAUAAUCAAAACUAUUAUUUCUAAGUACAUAAUUUCUAAACCCCUUAACCGUUUUUAAUGAACUUUGGAACUUAUACCAGAUAUCUUUGCCAGAAAGGUUAGUUAUGAACAUUUUCGAAAAAGUGUACAGAGGGAGCCAAUGUUGUUGUUAUACAAACUUAAAAUUCACGUUUACCUAAAUGGUCAUUUAAAUAUAUACAUAUCGAUAAAAAACAAUUUAGACCUUGAUAUACCUAUUGCGUGUGAGUAAAAAAUACUUACCAAGUUUGAAAGUUUCAUUAGAAUCGGUUGAGUACUUUUCAUGACAAUGAACUUAAAACUUUGUAUGGAUAUCCAAGUCGCGUAGAGGCUUUUAACCUGCUUAAGUAUUUAUAUUUUUAAUAAUUAAUUAUUACAAUUCUUAAUUGAUUGAAACUUCUAAUUAUAACUAAAAGUUAUGUGAUUCUCGACUUAUAAAGAUAUGAUAAGUAAGUAAUUGAAAUAAAUUCAAUUGUUCAACUACAGAA